GACCAGCAGAACCAUCCACUGCACACUCUCAGCUGCAUCGCGUUGCAUAUUGUAUACUACCGUGGGAUUCAUCCUUGAGGAGGACUCCUUUCGCGAAGAUCACGGAGGUCAACCGGUACCUGAAAGCGAGAGUGCAUAACGAGUCUCGACGCGUGUGAAUAAAAAGGGUGGUGGAAAACGAGCGAGCAUCCCCACUAUCAUCACUAUCAGGGGUAGCGUCGCAUCGGUGCGGCCGAAAGAAGACGACACAACGUACCAUCGAAAAAUUGGGUAUCUGGAGCAAGCGAAAACGAAAGUGUGCCCGUACAGGUGAGCGAACCAAUCCCAAGGCUACCUCCUCCUCCACGGCCGCCAGGAGGACGGAGUCGUUAGCCGCAAAGCCGCCUCCGAAACUCCACAUCUCGUAAGACCCGCCCCGUACUCCCACCUUUUCACCGACAACUUAAGCCUGUCUUAAGUCGGCGGGAGAAGAUUCGUGUGCUCGUGCGCGCGCACUCUCGGCGUCGUCGAGGAUUCCCAACACCUCCGUUGUGAGAUAUCUCUCUAUGCGCGACUCUCGUAUGUUCGCUCUCGCGCGCGCGAUCAGUGGUCAGCGGUUUGCGUUUUUUGGGGACCCGAGAGGAUCGUGAAGAUCUGCAGUGCUAUCAAAAGCUUUCCGGAUGCGAACCGCGAAGCUCCACUUGCGCGAACGCUACGGUUCCUUGCUUUGGUGGUGUAGAAGAUUUUUGUGUUGCGAGUGCGACAUUUGAGGAAGAAGAUCCGAACUGAACGAAAUCGAAAGUGAAUCUGUCCAGGCGUUUUUGAGAAAGUGAAACUGUGUUUCUUUGUUGUUAUUGUGAAUGGACCUCCUGAAGUGACGUUGCUGGGUGCUCGGGAAGAACUGUGCGUACUGUGCUUUUUCGGAGUGGAGAGUGUCAGAUUACGGGCUUGCAUAAAAGAGUGGUGCAAUAAAGAACAUUGCUGAAGAAAUUUUGUGGGAGAAGAGAUCGAUGUUUUAACUACAACAGGAAGACUGCUAUCCGUCAGGGGUGCGACGCUGUGGAUUAACAUUGGGACCUCGCAGAAGUGUUUUCCGUGCUGGAGGAGGAACAAGAUCAGCACCAGAGGGUCCUUGCACCUUCAACAGGUCUGAGAGAUAGUCUAUUCACCAUCCAUAUUUUGAAUUGAUUUUCGAUGUUGUGCUGCUUGUCGCAUUAGUUCUAGACGUAGUGCUUGUGUGAAACUGUUUUAUGAACCUGAGUUUUAUGAGUUUGUUAACCAGAUCUUUAGUUAGUUUUCGGCUUCUUUUCUCUUCUUAUUCUUCUUCCUGUUCCGAACCCGUCAACGUGAAAUAGAAAACCAAUCAAACACCUGAAAAACAGAUUGGAAAAGAUGAAGAUUCCGGCGAUGGUUUGUCCCCCAGUAGCACCCGGUUCGGGUUCAGGGAAGACUGCGGUCACCCCGGAUAUAAAGUGAAUGUGAGUGAGUGUGAGUCGUGAUACGGGCAGGGACGGCAGCGAAAGUUUGAGGACAUGCGAACCCGUCUGGCUUCGUUGAUUGUUGUGAAGCAGGAACCACUGUCGGACGCGGGUGACGAUUACUACGGAGGUAUCGUCCCGGAUUCAGCGAGGACUGUUGUGGUGGUUGACGAGCUGAACAAUAAUAACACCAAUAGCAAUAAUAAUAAUAACAAUAACAAUAACAAUAGUGGACAUCCCAAUCAUGAGUUUGGCGCGCAUUUUCUGUUUGGACGAGAGCUUCCGCCGGUGGCCCCCUAUGGCCAUGGCGAUCUAAACAACAACCAGCAUGCCGGGCAGGAUUUUCAGUUGUUUGACGAGAAAAAGUGUGCUCCACAACUUCUCUCGCAAGUUGUAACAUCACCAGUAUCGAGUGCUGUACCCUCGUCGGCGGACACAGCAACGAGCACACCGCCACCGACGACGAUCUUAACAACGCCAGCCUCGUCAUCGUCCAGUGCAGCGGAUAAAGGAGCCCUAGUCUCGCGUACCGGGGCCCAACUCAGUGGUGCAGGAUCCGUGCGAAAGGAUUCCGACGACAGUACAACGGAUAGUGGCAACACCAGCAUGUUACUGUUGCAACAUCAGGCUACUUCUUUCAGUUCCGUUUCAUUUGAUUAUUUACUGUCGCAACAACCGCAUCAUCCCGAACAAUCGUAUCAUCAACUAGGCUCAUUUGGUACAACCCACACGCCACCACAAAGUCAACAACAACAACAUCAGCAGCAGCAGCAGCAACAACAACAACAACAACAACAGCUCGUAUCGGGGCUUCUGUCAAGCACCCAUCAGCUUGACAAAUUCGUCGAACUCUUCGGCGGUGCAUCCCAAUCGCAAACAACCGAAGAACCCAUUUCCACCGAAUCCUACCUUGAUCAAACGCAACAUUCCAACAGCUCCAGUGACACUUUGGUGGGACUCGAGGAAAAUCCAACAUUUGGAGAAUCCAGCGAUAGCAUCCCGACUGCUCUACUCAAGGCUAGCUACAAAGAGGAAAACCUAGCCGAGCUUCAGGAUCCGUUCAGUGCAGGUCCGUCGCGCGCACAAACCACCGAACCUGAAGCCGAUCUACUGCUAGAGACAUCUUCGACAGAAGAGUUGGGACUGCUUACUCUUCGCUCCAGCAGUGAUCCCGUUCUCGCGAGUAGUGCUCGCCAUCAGCCUCAGCCACACCAGCAACCGCAGCUGAUCCACCAACAGCCGUUGCGAUCCGGACUGCGACAGAACCCAGACGAGCAGGCAGCAAGCAGUAGUGGGGCCAGUUCCAUUCUUCCAAGUUUCCAAGAAACCUAUCCCAUCAAAUACAACCAGCUGGCGAAUUUCGGCUUGAAAAUGGAUGAAGAUUGCUUCAAAAUUGCAGCUUCACCACACCAUCAGGGUGUAAGCUAUGGUCACCCCAGCUACGGACAUCACCCAGCAGUCCAUCAAGGACACUAUGAAUUCCCGCAGCAUGCUCCAACACCGACCGCUCAUUACAGUAACCCCACGUCCGGUGGCAGCUUCUAUGCACCUGGGUACGAACAGCACGCAGCGGUAAGUCACACCCAGAAACCGUCCGCAUCUGGCAGCACGUUAAAUAUUUCCGUUCCGCAGAACUACGCUGUAACGCCCCAAGAUACCUACUCUCUUCCACCCUUCCCCACCAUUGCCGAGCUGCACGUGUCCACCACGUGCUAUCGUCGUGCUUCAUUGCCGCUGCAACGGUCGGAAUCCACCUCGAGCAGCGAAAGUCCCAAAGCGCCUAGAGUCGGCAUCUACAAAUAUUCCGCUCUUCCAAGCGCCUCCAGUUCAGCGUCUAGCUCUCCUGGCUACAUCAACAACAACAACCCAAACACGGUGAACAAUAAUGAAAUAGCCGCAGCCGCAGCCGCCGCAGCUGCUACUGUAUCUGCUGCGUCCGUUGUGAGCGCCACUCCAGUUCCUCGCGGUACAACUCCUCAAAGUCCAUCUCAGCUGUGCGCUGUAUGCGGGGACACUGCUGCCUGCCAGCAUUAUGGCGUGCGAACGUGCGAGGGAUGCAAAGGGUUCUUCAAACGAACAGUACAAAAGGGAUCCAAAUACGUCUGCCUUGCGGACAAAGCCUGUCCCGUGGACAAGCGACGGCGGAAUCGUUGCCAGUUCUGUCGAUUCCAAAAAUGUCUGGCAGUCGGAAUGGUGAAGGAAGUCGUCCGUACCGACUCAUUGAAGGGACGUCGGGGUCGACUGCCAUCGAAGCCGAAAUCGCCACAGGAAUCUCCACCGAGCCCACCGGUUUCGAUGAUCACCGCCCUGGUGCGGGCCCACGUGGACACCACCCCAGAUCUCGCCAGCCUUGACUACAGCCAAUACCGUGAACCCGGUCAAAACGAACCUAUCAUUAGCGAAGCGGAAAAAGUGCAACAAUUCUACAAUCUCCUAACAACGUCGGUCGAUGUGAUCAAACAGUUCGCCGAUAAACUUCCCGGUUUCAGUGAUCUCAGCCCGGACGAUCAGGAACUUCUGUUCCAGUCGGCCUCGCUGGAGUUGUUCGUCCUACGGCUAUCCUACCGAGCGCGCAUAGACGACACCAAGAUGACAUUCUGCAACGGGGUGGUCCUGCACAAACACCAAUGCCAGCGCUCGUUCGGCGAUUGGCUCAACGCCAUCCUGGAGUUCAGCAAAAGCUUACACGGCAUGGAGAUUGACAUUUCGGCAUUUGCGUGUCUCUGCGCACUCACCCUCGUAACAGAACGCUACGGUCUGCGGGAGCCCAAAAAAGUUGAGCUACUGCAGAUGAAGAUCAUCAGCAGUCUACGGGAUCACGUGACGUACAAUUCGGAGGCUCAGCGUAAGCCACACUACUUCAACCGACUGCUGGGGAAGCUUCCCGAGCUGCGGUCACUCAGUGUGCAGGGCUUGCAGCGGAUAUUCUAUCUGAAGCUCGAGGAUCUCGUGCCGGCACCACCCCUCAUCGAGAACAUGUUUCUCGCCAGCUUGCCGUUCUAGAGCAAACGCAAAACUGAAACCAUGUGCACACAAUGGGGACGGGCAUGAGGUGGGGAUCAGUAAAGGCAAAACAAAAGACUUGAGGUUAUUUCGGAACUUUCUCACACAUUACAUUUACCUUGUGUUUUUUUUUGGUUUUAAUUUUUGUACGUACACAGCAGCAUCGAAGCAGACAAGUGUGAGUGAAAAGAGUGUGCGUGCGUGCGGGCGCGUAUAUGUCUGUCUAUGUGAAAACAUUCGUAUAGGAGAGAAAUAAUCAUUUUUAGAUAAAUCUUACUGUAAUAAAUGUUCCACUCACAAUCGACUACUACAGCUCGCUCCAGCAGUUAGAUGUUACUCUUGCCCCCAAAAAGUACCAUCCAAGGUGUAUUUUUCCCUUUAGAUGUGAUACCCCAUAGUAGUGACUGUCAGUACUUUAGGAGAGAGAAAAAAUAUUUGUUUAUUUGCCUGUGGUGGUUUGGCGAAGGUAUUAUCUCUACAUCCGAUGUGUUGAUUGAUGUUUGGAUAGUUUGUGUACGUAGUGAGAAAAAACAAAUAAUAAACACUGUCCUUUAAAUUUUGAAUACACAUCCAGAGGAAAGUGAAUUGAACAGUAAAAAAAUCGUGAUAGGAAAAUGAUCAAAUGAGAGCUUUAAUUUGCAAGAAAAAUUGCUACGUAUCGAAAGAACUGGUUUAAUUCUUUCGAUAUGUAGCAAUUUUGUUGACAGAUAGUUGCCGAUCGAAAUAAUUCUAGGUCAUACAAAUAGCUUCACAAUUCAAUCAAAAAUUAUCACGAGAAUUCAGUCAAAGGGUUUUAGGAUGGAUGAUGCAUAUUUAGCCGGAUGAUAAACGAUUAUAUCAGUGUUCCAUCACUGCCAUUAUUUCCUACAUCCAAACACAACACUAUGGUACGCAUAAGAGCAAACGUUUGGUAACGCAUUGAAAACAACAAUGUGUGCGUGUGUUGCAAACAUAAACAAGCGCUCUCCACUGGACGACAUACGAUGACCGAUGCAGUGAUUCAUUUCAUUAUGCCUUCACUUUUGGUUACAUCAUUCAUUCGCUUUAUGUAGAAUCAUUCAUUCACAACACACCAUCAACCCUCAUAAUUUAGCUCUUGGGCCGAUGUGUGUGACAUCAGAUUUAAAAAAGUCUGCCGGAUUUAGUCCAAGUCCUGCUAUCAGACUCUGUACAGCCACCUCGUCCACCUUGUUCGACGCAUUUGCCUCAUACUGCUUCACGUUUCCAACAGUUUUUUGAUUCUUUUUCAAGAAGCGCUUGACGAUGGCCCAACGUUUCUCGAUUCGCCGAAGCUCUGGCACUUUGGCAUAGUACUUGUUCUUGGGCAUCACCUGCACAUCGUUGACGGCCUACCACUCCAUGGUCUUUGUUCCGUAAUGUCAGGAUGCCAAGUCCAGCAGCAAUUCAUAACACGAAAAUAAUAUAAAAAUUGUUAUUGAAGAUACAAAAGUACAGUAGAACCUCGAUUAUCCGCGAGCGGAAGAUCCGCGGUGCGGUUUAUCCGCGAAAGCGAGUCCCACAGUAAUUCUAUAAGCCUUCUCGAAAUUCGUCAGUGAGUGGUAGGAUUUCGCUUUUUUGUUUUCGUCAUGGUCAUUACAUUAUCUGAUCACUUGUGUACAUGACCCUAGAGAUGAAAAGUUAAAUGAUUUAUGUAUUGUGAAAACAUAGUUUUCAUGUUGAAAUAACUUUUUCUGUGUUUACACCUCAUUUUUAGUCCUUUAAUGCGUUAUCCGCGAUUUUCGUAUUCCACGUUGACCUUACCAUUCCGCGGAUAAUCAGGGUUCUACUGUAUUGAAAAAUUAUACAAUACUAGCUGACCCGGCGAACUUUGUCCAGCCCAUAAUUUUGAUUUGUUUUGAAUAAUUUCGAACACUCGCGUUUCUUCCCUAAAUUGUUCUUCUGGACAUACAUAGGUAAUAAGCAACGCCAUUUCAAUAACAUUUGUUGCAUUGAAACCUUUUUCGAAUUCGAUUGAACUCAACUUUUUUAAUAGCUUUGCAAAAAAGCGUGUGAGCCGAUACGUACGUGGAAAAAACCUUGUUUUAUAUAUAAGAUUUUUUUGCAAAAUUAGUCUAAAUAUUUUAAUAAUCCAGUGGAUUCGCCUCAGGGCUCCCGGAUGGUCAACAAUUUGCCGAGAUGAAGUAUGGUAGGUGUGCUGCUAGCAACGUUUUUGAACCGUUUUAGGAUAUUUUUUUUUGCAAAUUUCCAAACGAAUUUGUUUAAAUUUGAAGGUCUAUCUCCCACAUCAACUGUUCUUUGUUACGGAGCCCGAACCAUUCAUUGAUAGAAAGCGGUUCGAGCAGCUCGUAGAUCUGUUUCGCCAACUUGCUGCACUUAAAUAACGCGACAGUUGCAGCAGAUAAGCUAAGGCUAUGCUGGGUAAAUUUUGCUGUUUUACAGUCCCGGUUGCAAAGAAAAUGUCGUUUUUUCUGCAUCAGCAUCCAUAACCAGCAAAUGAACUUUGAUCGUAUCUCACGCUUAAAAACAUCUGCCACCUUUCCCCUUCCAAUUGCCGUACGAGGGUCACUAUUUAUAUUUCGGGAAUAGGAACAAAAACAAAUAGUUAAGCUGCGAAUAUAUUUUUAUUGUUUUUCAAAGUACUCGCCACGAUGAUCGAUACACUUUUGCAUGCGCUUAAACCAAUUUUCAAAGCAUUUAUUCCAAUCGACACGAGCCUUUUUUUUGAGCGAUUGUCAAAUUAUGUGGGAUCCAACGUGAACAUAAUUUUCGCACAACUAAGUGUUCAUGUAAAAUCGCAUAUAUGCUGGUGGAACUAAUGCUUAGGGAUGCCUCAAUCUCACAAUAGGUUACAUGACGAUCUUGCUUAAUCAUUUCGUGCACAGCAUCGAUAUUUUCUGGCACUACAGUCGAUUUUGGACGACCUUCACGAAACUCGUCGGACAGCGAACUACGACCACGAUUGAAUUCACUAUACCAGCGAUACACAGUGGUUUUUGAUGGAGCUUCAUCGUCAAAAGUCAAAUUAAGUUGAUUGACGCACUCUUGUUGUGAUAAUCCACGUCGAAAGUCGUAAAAAAUCAUCGCACGAAAAUGUUCACGAUUCAGUUCCAUUUUUUUGCCGAGACCAAACUUUCAACUAAAUAUAAAAUAAACAAAUAGCGUCCGUAUGACAAAAUGUUCUGAGUACGUAUAUCGUCAAAAAUGUCAAACUUUACGAUGGAACCGUUAUUCUCUAGACAAAAACUGUCUUCGACAAAGUUGUUACAUAUGAUAGAGGGCUCAUUUUUAUGUUAUCUAAUAUAGGGUGAACAAAAUUGUCGAUGAAAUAAAAAAUAUAACUUUCUUAUCUUUAUAGAUAGAGGUAAACAUAGAGGACAUAGAGGAAUAUUUUAGCCCCAGAUUUUGAGACAUCUUUGUAGAACAAACAUUUUUUCUAAGUUGCGUUAGGGUCACCAUGAAAAAAAAUUCUUUUUUCGCUCUAAAUUUUAUAUUUCAAAUUAUACAUGCAAACUGUCUUCAAAAGACUUUUAGAGCUUACUAAUACAAAUAUGUUGCGACGCAGAACUUUUCAAUGUCUUAAUCGUACUCAAAUACGUUAUAUAGGUGUUUUUUUUAAAUUAUGUGUUGAGGAUCUACCGCCAUUCUCUUGAACAUACACAUGGUGGCCGCCUUUUGCCUCAAUUACGGCUUCCAGUUGUCGUGCUUCUUCCGACAAGUUUGUAUAAAUAUUCCUGGUCAAUUUGUUCACACGCUUAAAGAGAAUCAAAAUAGGACCUUUUGUAAGCAACCUUUGUUUUGUGCCCUCUAUUAUCCGAACAACCCCAUAAAUUCUCAAAGGGACUGUGUAGACCAUUCUCUUAGUUCAAUUCGGUUGGACUAGAUCAGGGGUUCUCAAAGUGGUCGAUAUCUUGGGGUCGAUACAGGUUUCAAGGGGGUCGACAAAAACGAAAACUGAUUUUGGGGGUCGACGAGGGUCUAGAAAUCGACCCCCUUUUUUCCUUGUUGGGUGUGAACCACUGUGUCCAUUAUUUUGAGCUAUUGUGGUACGCCUCAUUUUUUUCUACCACGCUACCUAUUAAUUAACACAAGUUCUUAUAUGAAACUUUCAAGAUCCUGUAUAAGUUGUGUUACGUGAACCAACUUGUUAUAAGAAUGACUAAUAUUUUAAUAGAAAUUAUUAUUGUUGUAAUUUGUGAUUGUGUCAGAUUUACCCGAAACACAGUUACCUGAACGACAGCUAUCCGAAAGACAUUCACCCGAAUCACAAACACCCGAAUGUAACAAAUAUCCGAAUGCGACAAGUACCCGAAUGGAAUAUCUACCCAAAUGAACAUUUACCCGAGAGUAACAUUUACUUAAAUGUAUUAUUCUCAGUUAUAUUUGAUUAGAAGGUAUUUUCAUGUUUUUUAAAUUUUUAUAUUUAAGCGUUAUUAAGAUGAUCACAUUACUAGUAUCCAAACAAACUCGUAUUUUAUGUGGGUAGAGCAGAAACGAGAGAGAGAGAGAGAGAGAGAGAGAGAGAGCGGUGUUGCAUACUAUAUUAUUCAAAAUUAUCAAAAAGAUAUAUAGUUUCACUUUUAUAUAAAUGAAAUUACUAUUUUUUUUAUCAAUGAUGGACGUUCAAAUUCGAUCAUAAAUAGUAUCCAGUCAUUUGGAUCACGUAGCCCACACACGAGUAGCCGUAAUAUGGGCCGCCGCUUCCAACGGCGUGUCUGCGGUCAACUCGGAUUGCAUUACCUCGGCGGCUUUCGGGCCUUCGUUCCCAUUACAUUAACCUCAAUUGCGCUGCGGUAGCGUUAAUACGUAAGUGCCAUUUUUCCUUACUAAUUCAGUCAUUUUUAGAAAAUUGUGUAUACACUAAUUUCUAAAAAUGACACGAAGUCUCCAACAUGCAUCAUUUAAAAUUUCCUCAUUAUAAUUUUUCAUUUUACUUCGUAUUUCUGUGAAUUUUAUCACUCAUUUGUUGGAAUUUUUUCUUCUUCAUUCAGGUAUACGUUACAUUGGAGUAAAUGUUGCAUUCGGGUAACUGUUUAUUGGGGUGAAUGUUGCAUUCAGGUAUUUGUAACAUUCAGGUGAAUGUCAUUCAGGUAUGUGUUACAUUCGGGUAAACGUGUUUCUGCGUGUUACUGCGAACUAAAUGUGAAUUCAAUUAGCAAAUAUACGGCAUUCAUAAGUGCAUUAAUUUUACAUUCCGGAACGAACCAGCACAGGUGGAUGAAAGUCUCUAAGUAUAAACCUGAAUUAAUUCAUCUAUGGUGAGAUGUGACCUUUCUUAUUGUAUGUAGUUUUAACUUAUUACCGAUAGGCUUUUUCUUUCAAACGAAACCUAAUGCUGUUAUUUUUAUUGUUGGCGGUGGAGAAAUGCUAAUGCUUAAAAAUAUUCCUUUCCGAUUAUCCAUUUCCCGAAAAAUCGAAAAAUUUCCAAAACUUUCAAAGCACAUAUACGCUGCGAUGAAACGAUGACAUUGAGAGUUGGGAGGUUAUUAUUUAGUUGAAAAGAAUCAUCUUUUAGGUUUUCUUCGUGGAUGUAUCCGGCGGAAGAACAUUCACACCAGCAAUCUCAUUAAAAUCAUCGUUCCACGUACUGAUGAUUUCCUCCAGCUCAUCCACACAUCAAAUUCUACGGACUUUUCAACAAUAUUUGGCAAAUUCAUCGAUAUUACAAACAUUCUCAAUUGAAAAUGCAAAAAUAAAUGAACAAACCUUCCGUAUUCCGAAGAAUGUGCUGCAGACGAUAGAUGUGUUGGUAUUGAUUCAACAGGAAAAAAAGUUCGUUAUUGCCAACGUUCGAUUUUUCGAUUGCUCCGGCUAGCAUAAACUUACUCUCGUCUAGGAAUACCAUCUUCUUACCAUCUACCUUCUCAACGUAGUUAUUACUUGUGUCAUUUUUAUUAGUAGUACUUAGUUGGGAUUUGUAUGCCGAAAAACACGCCUUGAAUGUAUCCUGAAGUGGCAGGCUCUAGAAUACGCGUGACCAUAGUGUAACUCGGAAGAAAUUUCGUUGACGAAAAAUCUCCCAGCCAGAACGGGAAUCGAACCCGGACCCUCGGUAUGUUAACGUGUGACGCUAACCAUCAGAACACCUGUCACAGCUACGAUUAUGACCAAACGAUCCAUGCGGUGAAAAUAUUCCGGAUAUGAUAACUUCUGUUCUGUACGAACACAGAAAAAUUUAAGUCGGUUUCCGAGUCGUCAAACAUAUCAUGCGCAAUAGUGCCGGAGAUAAUCCGUGGAUUUGAAGGUCGUUUAAUCAGUCGCCGGCACCGGUAGCAUAGUAGUAAGCGUGACUAUUUUGCGCUUCUCUGUCACUUUUUUGGAAUACGAUCCGGAACAAUCUAUUUUGACAACAUAAAACGAAUGAAACUUGCGACUAUAGCCAAUUCAAGCAGUUUGUUAUCGACAAACAAAACUUCACCUCAAAAAGAUCGACAUGUUAGCAUGUGGUGAGAAUAUAUCGAUUUAACCUCACCCUGUCUCUGAGCGAAUUUCAUACCGUUGUCCUUAGAAUAGUAUCGAAAGCAACCUAAAGAGCUUCGCAAUAGUGAUAACUCUAAUUAUCUAUUUGUAGCUUGUAUCGAUUCCAACACCGGAGUCCUAUCUUGCAUCACAAAGUAAAUCUUGAUUCGAAUUCUCAGUACUGGAAAUGGAUAUAAGAAACUUGUCAAACGAAUCCCUAUAAAGUUAUAGUCAAUUUUUCUUUCAAAUACAUUUCUACAAAAAAUAAUUAUCCAUAUGAACCAAGCUCUCUAGUGUCCAUGAACCAGAACCAAGCAUCAAUUGACAUUGCGAGAGAGAGAGAGAGAUAGAGAUGGCGCAACCACCAUACGCAAUUAAUGAUGUGCUAUCUAUACCGUCAAAGCUCCUAAAUCAUAAAUCAUAAAUCAGAUAGAUUUUAGUAUAGUAAAGUGUCGUAGUUUAAGCAACUAGUUUUCUGUCUAUAUAGCUAAGAAACUUUAUUCACACGCAAAUGACACCCAGAGUGCAUCUGUACAAGAAGCGGGGGAGAGAUGAAUGCAAGAAUUGAUUUUAUCGCACGCGUAUGUUGAUUUCCCUAAUGUAGAUCGGUGUAUCCGUCAUCUUGUCUAUGUACAGUAUAAUUAAACAAAAAUGGAGAACAUAGAUAUUUAUGAUAUUAUACAAUGUAGAUAUAAACCUUUAGGAUAGUGAAACGUGUAACUAGAGUUAUUUGUAAGAAAAGCAUCAACCAGAAUGUGAACGCGCGAGCGUGAUUUCAUAGAUCGCGCGCGCAAAAGCUAUCCAAUAAAAGACACUUUAUACUGAUUUUGUUUAUUUAUCGAUAGGAAAAGAAGAAGGAUGGCAAGCAGGCAAGACGUACAAACUACUCUCCGAUUUCGGCAACGAAUUGCGAAAAAAAAAGAAAGAUUAACAACCGGUAGUACAAAUUUACAAAUAAUACAAGAAAUAAACAAAAUCAUUAUACGUUUCGCCGAAACGGCAGAAUGCCGUGACAGAUGUCAGAGAUGCAUACACACUUAUAAAUGACACUACUGUAUAAGUUCAAAUGUCGUUCAAAACUCGUUUUAGUUUUACUUACACAUUAAUGCGUGUUUAUCUAUGAUUAUGAUUUUUGCAUCUAUCUAGCGCACUGAUUGUGUAUGUGAGCGUCUAAAACUAUAGAACAGAACAAUGCGAUAUUUUUAUGCUAGUCCAUUAUGCUACAUAUUUAGAUUAAAAUCUCUCCUUCAACGCGGAUAUUUUUAAUCGGUUUUCGAAUUUUAGUACUUUUUUAAUUCUCUCCUGUUUGUUUUACUUUUUGGAUACAAAGCUUAUUUCCAGUAAAUCUGAUAAGGUGAAUACUCAUAAUAAGUAAGCACAAUGUUUUACUUGCCAGUUACUUGCUAGGAUUCUUACGGUUAAGCUGAUAAUUGUACUUAAUAUUAAAAUUUUACGUUACCAGAACUUGCCAUUGAUUUUAUUUUGUUAAACGAUGUGUUUAUGUUUUUGUUUUGUUUGAUUUUAAACACGAAUCGCAUAUUUUAGCCUAGAUGUAUUCAAACAAACACGCCCAUUAACGUGGUUUAACUUGGAUUCCCCUUUGAGAAUGAACCAAACCUACAAAAAAUCGAACAUUAAGACGAACAGAACUGCCAUUUCAAACAAAAAAAACAACGGUAGAUCCUAUCGCGAUGUGGCACACAUUUCCCCUGCGAAUACUCCGAGCAGUAGCAAAUACCAUACACUUAUUCAUCCAAGCAAAAAUAAACGAAUAUUUCGAAAAAAAAAAUCUAUAAAAACGUCACAUGUGCCUACACACUUAAUAACAAAUAAUUACCAUCUACAUAUUCCCAAUCCCCAGCUGAGAUCACUAAUCCAGUUGUUUCGGACUCUCGAUAUUUAUGUAUGUAUUCGGACCAACUAUUCCCCACAACAAUAUGACUGUGCAUGUCCUGUGAAUGAAUUAUAACUGAAACCAUGAGAACCACCCCCCUUCCCUUCCCUGAUGUAUGAAAACCUGAAAGUGCCAUUUCACCCGUAAAAAUUUUGAGAAAAACCAAUUCAUAUACAUAAAUUUGAAUGACAACGUAGAAGACGAAGGAAAACGCAGGAAAAAUCAGAACCGGAUGCCUUUAAGUAGCUAAAAGCGAAAACAAAAUCAGAUAUAUGUAUUAAAAAAACACAACAAAAUUUAUAACGAGGGAAAUUCUUUCUCCUUCCGGUUGAUACAACCGAUAUUAGAUUUUGGAGCGCAUUUUUUUCUUUCGAACGAAAAGAAGAACAGAAAUUAUGUGAGCAAAUAUAGCUCAGUUUGGAACAAUUUCAGUUACAAAAGCAUAAUAUUCGAAUGAUUUGGUAGAUAUAAAAAUCGUAGUAGUGAUCGGAAUAUUCCUUCUUAUUAUAGGAUACAUUUGUGAUAUGAUAAUAGAAUCUCAGUUUCAACUUCCUCGGAAAAAAAUGAUCGUACCAUCAACCAAGCAAAAAAAAGUCUUUUGAAAUGUGAUUUUACUAAUAUACAGCUCUUCAAAAUUGAUUCGAACUAAUUAAUCAUUUAUUUUCAUCAAAUCUACAAUCGGGUAUUUACAGGUAAACCGUUCUUACAUAAAUUUCGAUUUAUGGAAUGCUAUACACUGGUUGACUAUUGAAACAAAUUGACGCUUGCUUAGUGCUGAAAUCAUAUUUCUCAAAUCGGUUUAUUUAUCACAGAAUGGCCAAUUGAUUGACGGAUAAAAACUUCUCUAGACUAGCGAUUUUUAAGUCUUCAAGCAUCCGGAUGCCCUGGUAGACUUGACUAAUAUAAUGAAUACAGACACAAACAUGAAAAAGACAAGCUUGCCCCCAUGCUAUUGGCUUAUCCUAUGUACAAGUGGGCAGGAACAUGUCGUCAAUCGCCGUCCCUAACGAAAUUCGUUAAAAAGACUUUACUACAGAAUCAGCUUUAAAACAAUCGACAUCAAACAUAUUCGAUUGUUUUUGAUACCAUAUUUUAAACCAAUCGGUGAAACUCCAGUGUACCCAUCCGUUAGCACUAGAAUUGGCAACGAUUUUGUUUGUUCUCUCUUUUUCCUACUACUUGUAUAAACAGAGUAUUUAAUCACUCCUUUUGCAACAAAACAAAACCCAGUAAUUUAUUAGAUAGAGUAAUUCGAUUCGUUAGUACAAAAUAGAUGAGAAAGUUUUAUGUUUAGAUUCGUUGAUUUCCAGCAGCCACUGUCCCAAGAGUAUAGCAAUUAUCGAACUCGAUUUAUAGUGAGCCUAAUAGUGUCCAGAAAACAUAUCCUGAAAAUGCCUAUACCGAACUGUUCGCAGAAAACAAAAACUUGCUUCCGCACACGAUGCAGAGAUAACACAUCUCGCGACGUAAGCAAAGAAUAAGUUUCAAUUUUAGUUAACCAAACAAAAGCAGAAGAUACUAAGUUGAGUAAAACUCCACGAAUCCAUUGAUACCGAAGCGUAGGAACACCCAACAUUACUUGGAACGAUCCAAGCGUGAACUUAAAAUAAACUAUAAACUAAAACAAAUCUUUAUUCACAGAACAAUAUUAAAGUGUUACGCGAAAAUAGAAACUUUAAUUUUAACAAGUGAAUGUUGUCAAAGCACAUUAUAACUAUAGCAAAAUCAGAGAAACCGAAAUAUACAUAUACGUAUUUCUUUAUUGUUAAAACAUGUUCAAAACAUUCAAGCUCGUUUCAUUUCCACACGAAUUCACACUCCCUCCCGCUGAACAGGCCGCCUAGAACCAGUAGGUCAACUGUAUCGCACCGUCGGCGGUUUUCUGGGUGUCCAUGGUGCUGGCCUGGCGCGCGAUGCGUCUCAUCGUCUGCCGCCGUAUCCGGGCGUAUUCCAGUGGAGUCUUCUCGGUUUCGGAUGGGGUUGGCGUCUCGUACAAAUCGACGUUGAUCGGAAUGGCGGAGUUCAGUUCCAGUGCCGUGUCGGAUGGUUCGUGGGAGAGGUUCUCGUACGAGCCUGAUGGGGACAGCUUCGGUGAGCUACACCGGAAACAAUCGUCGAAGGUCCAAUCCUUUCCGAACUCCUCGCCCUCCUCCAGGGUUUGGGGCAGUCGGUGGUGCAGAGUCUCCGGCAGACGAAGGCCGGUGAAUCCACCGGCCACCGACACGCAGCCCAUUAUCACCAGCGGAAGGACGAGGUUU